AGACUAUGCUUCAUUUUUACUCCAUUCUGAGCUCUGCUGUGGAGAUUAUCUUCACGCAUCAGCACUGCAAGGAGAGCCAAUGAACGGAAGGCACAGCUGCUCAAUCUGUUUCCUCAAUGUUUGCUUUGGCUCUCAGCACAGGAAGCCUAGUGUCAUGAAAAGGCAGAAGAAGGAGCCUCUCCACCUCCAAGGAGCUAAUCAGUCAGGAGCAGGCAGCGUUGGAGUGGAGGAGAGGUGGGGAAGUGGAAGAGGGAACAGAGACACUGGCUGGCAACCACACACUGUCACAGAGGGAAGCUCCCCACAUCUGCAGCUGGGCUUAAACAGGAUGGAUAGAGCGAGUGAGUUGUGUGAGCAAUGAAAGCAAAAGCUGACAUGAAUUGUGUUGGGAAGACUUUUUGUGCCUUCGUUCUGCUCACUGUCACUGUGGCCAUGGUAACAAUGGGUUCUCAGGCAAGAAAUUCCACCGGAUCUGAUACUGAGCCCUGCGAAGAAAACAAUUCAAGCGCUUGCAAGAAGCAAGAUUUCCGGAGUGCACAAAGUCCAAACCUCCCUAAUGAUAACAUCAGGGUGUCUAAAAUAGCUGGUUCCAGCGUUAAUCUGGCCUGUGAUAAUGUUUCAAGGGCGGAUCUGGUAUCAGUAAUAUGGAAGAUAAGACCAAGGACUGGAAAUCACUGCACACUGGCAUACAGAAUGGAUCUGAACAAGACAGACAGAACAAACUGCAGUGAGAGAAUGGAUUGGAAAUCUAGCCCUGAAACUGAUCAUGCACUUUGGAUACGGCAAGUGACACUCACAGAUGAGGGAUGUUAUAUCUGUGAAACUGCAACUGGUGGUGGAAAUUUGAAUCGAAUCUACACUCUGACUGUAUUAAUCCCUCCUGAAGUGACCUUGACCUGUGACAGUAAUGGGACCGCUGUGUGCAAGGCAGCUGCAGGGAAACCAGCUGCACAGAUCUCUUGGGACCCAAACGGAGAACCCAGGACUGAGCUUGAAAAUCACACAGAUGGGACAGUGACCGUGCUCAGUACAUACAGCCCCAAAGAGACCAGUAUAACCUGCCUGGUCUCUCAUCCAGCUCGAAACACGAGCCAAUCCAAGGAAUGCCCAUCAGACAUGUUUCUUCAGUAUUUCGCCAUCUGUGCUGGUCUCCUGGGCAUCCUCUUCAUUCUGGCUUUAAUUUUCCUCUGUAAGCUCCACCGUGGCAGAAUUUGGUAUAAGUCCAAAAUCCCUGAGACUGCUCCUACACACAAUGUGCAGGACAGUAAUGAGCAGCAGGAGUUGGAGCCCUACGCCAGCUACGUGCAGAAGGAAAACGUGAUCUACAACACAGUGUAUGAAGUAACAGUGAGUGAAGACCUCCCACCAGGGCGCCAGUCAGCAACGUGAGAAUCCAGCUGGGCCUGACUCACCACCUGUGUGAAGAAGGGGAACAGGUUGCAGGGAAGAUUGAUGAUACUGGAUUCCUUCCAGAAGAGGAUCUCCAUCACCAAACACUUUCUUCAUGGGAAGCAAGGAUUCUGGGAAGCAAAGAUCUGCAUAGCCACUGGGUGCCUCCAAACAUAUCUGCCUGCUGAUCAAUUCCUCGUUUCCUCUUUCCCUUUUUGUCGCCCCUUAUCCCCAUCCUGGGAAUUAGCACUGUGAAGGACAGAGUGACCUGCUGCCAUUGGUUUCACCAUGAACAGCUCUUGUGCUCACAGGUCCCCACUGGCUGUCCUGACUUCAGCAAUCCAAACAUCUGACAUUCACUUUUGGGCAUUAGUUGUGUGUCACUUUGGGAGGGGGAGGAGGAGGGAAACACCCACUGACCAAGUCUACUGUAAUAAUAAGGGCAUUGGUUACUAGAUGAUAGAUCAGCUGGAAUGGGAGAUCAGCUGAGUAUCUCCUUAUCCUCCCAAUCCUGGGAAGACACACUCUCUAUUGACGAGGUCCAUUGUGUAGGAGGCUGGUUCACAGACCUGCUGAAUAACUUGUCAAGUCCCCCAUUGAACACAAAAUGUUUUCUAUAGUCUGUACUAAGUUACAAGUUAUUCUCAUGAGUCUUCCCCUGGUGGAAUCUCCUCCUUCAGGGAGCACAGGCAUUAACAUACUGCAAUAGCAUAAUGGUCCAGCCAUCCAUUAAUCUGUUUCUAACAAUGGCCAAUGCCAAAUGUUUCAGGAAAAGAAGCAAAACACUGAUAAUGCGUCUACUGGGAUUGUGCAAUAAUGGACCAAGCCAGGGUAAUUUCUUCCUGACCUCAGCUGGUACUCGGUUUGUCUUGAAGCAUAAGGCUUGCUGGCCAUUGUAAUAUUUAUUUUAGCUAAUGUUAAUUGCAGAGGGUGGUUUCUAUUAUAUGCUGAAACCUUCCAUUGAAUCUUAUUAAGCUAAUUUGUCUAAGUAUAGUUGCAGCACAAGGUUAAUUUACUUCAUAUAAAAUGAGUUUAUCCAUUUCAAACAUAUUAUAUUUUAAUUUCAUCAAAGGGCCACUUGUCCAUGUGUUAUGGACAGAGGUAAAUAGGACAAGGCAGUUGUCUUCUCUACCAGUGUUUCUCAAUCUUAUUGGGUGAGUGAGCCCUUAUUUGAAGUCAAAAAAUUUCAUGACCUUCUUACUUUACUAUAACAGUAAGAGUAAAAAAAAUGUAUUCAUGCUAA